AGAGAAAGAAAGAGAGAGAGAGAUGGGGUCAGAAAUAAUGGUAGAAACAUGGGUGAAUUCAGCAGCAGUUGGAGAAGAAGAUCAUGAUCUAGAAUGGUCAAGGAUUGAAUCAGUUGUUGAUGAUCAUCAAAAUCAGCCACUUUUACUAUCUUUGAAUCAUGUCUCUUUCAUCUGUAAAUCAGUCAAAAGAUCCGUCAAUUUCUAUGAGAAUGUCUUGGGAUUCGUUCUCAUCAAACGCCCAUCUUCAUUUGACUUUGAAGGAGCUUGGUUGUUCAACCAUGGAAUCGGAAUCCAUUUGCUUGAGGCAGAAGUGAAAAACGAGUCGAUUGAGAAAGGGAAAAAGAAGAUUAAUCCAAAGGAUAAUCACAUAUCAUUUCAAUGUACCAACAUGGAUUUGAUAAUGAGGAAACUCGGAGAAAUGGGAAUAGAAUUCGUGACUGCCAAAGUGUCGGAAGGAGGGGUGGUAGUGGAUCAACUCUUCUUUCACGAUCCCGAUGAUUACAUGAUCGAGAUUUGUAACUGUCAAAACUUGCCCGUUUUACCCUUGGUUCCUACUCUCGCGUGCCCAAUUCGUGAUAAAUUACCUAUUAGUAACGGGCGUCGUCGUGAUUUUCCUACUUCAAAUCAUUCUCAUGCAUCCUCGUCUACUUUUCAUGAUUAUAAUAAUGGAGGGAGGUCAAAAUCAAGGGUAGAAAUGAAGUAUUGCUCUGUAGAAGUUGAAGCCAUGAAGAUGAUGGAGAAUUUAGUAAUGGAUAUGAUGGAUCUAUCUUUCUGAAAUUAAGGGAGUAUUAUUUAAUAAAUAUUUGAAUAAUUAAUUAAAUUGCUGAGUGAUGAUCAAUAUUUACUUUUGAGCUGUGAAUUAUCUUUAAAUGUCCCAGUUUUUUUUUUUGUUCAAUAAUAAAAUAAUUAUGUUUAUAUGUA